UAAGUGUAAAAAAGAAAGAUAUGGAGAAUAGCUGGAGCUGGGAGCAGAAGACACUUGUUAGUGAGCUAAUCCAAGGGAUGGAGCUGGCAAAACAGUUGAAGAUACAUAUGAACACAGCAUCGUCUGUUGAAACUAGGGACUCCUUAGUACAGAGGAUUUUAACUUCCUACGAGAAGUCUCUCUUGAUUCUCAACUACAGUGGGUCAAUGGGGCAGCAGCACCAGCACCAGCACCAUCAACUGCAGCAAAAUUUUGGAGCCACAGCUGGUACUGUCCCAGAGUCUCCUAUAUCAAUGAAUGGAAGUCCUGGAAGUGAUGAUUUUGAUGGGGGUCACAGUGACAUCUCAAAGAAGAGAAAGACGAUGCCCAGGUGGACAGAUCAAGUUAGAGUAAGUUCUGAGAAUGGGCUUGAAGGACCCCACGACGAUGGGUAUAGCUGGAGAAAGUAUGGGCAGAAAGAUAUUCUUGGAGCCAAAUAUCCCAGAAGCUAUUACAGAUGCACGUACAGGAAUACCCAGAACUGCUGGGCGACAAAGCAAGUGCAAAGGUCAGAUGAUGAUCACACCAUAUUUGAUAUCACAUACCGAGGAAUACACACUUGUUCUCAUGGCCAACAACAAAUUCCACCACCAGCAUCACCUGAAAAGCAAGAGCAGAAACAAAACAUUGAUCAACAACAGCAAUCACAAGCAGCCCUGUUUAACUUUCAAAAGGUCCUGAGAGUUAAUACUGAGGACUUGGACAAUAAAGAGAUGGCAUUUCCUUUCUCUUUUCCUCCCACGUACGGAAGCACGAAAACUUCAGGCACUUAUUCUCAAUCUUUUACAUCUCCAGCUACCCCUGAAUCAAACUACUACUCUGUUUCACCAUUCCAGAUGAACAAUUAUGCAGGGGUUCAGAAUUUGCAGCACCAUUCUGAAUCCGGUUUCACUGAGUUAAUUUCGGCCAAUACUUCUGCUGCCAAUUCUCCAAUUGUGGAGCCGGACUUCUCUCUGCAAUCACUGGAGUUGGACCCCAACUUUCCAUUUAACACACCAGGAUUUUUCUCUUAACUCCAUUAUGUAGCCUGUACCAAAAGCGAAGAGAGGAUAAAUGUAAAAUGAGAUUAGUUAUUAUGAUAUUAUGGAAUUUUGAAGUAUUGAAAUAAACAACAAUGCUAGUUAGUGACGGGAUAGCCCAAAAUGCUUGGAGAAAAUCCUUCUUGAUGGGUGUUGUAAAAUUCCAGGAGAAACAUGCUUGAGAAACAAUCUGAUCCUGGUUCUUUCAUAACUCCAGAAUGUGAGAACUAAUUUUUUGGUCGUACUCUAAACUGAACAAUCUUAUCUUGGAUCUUCACAAACGUUGCUACUGGGUUUUUGCCUUUUUAGCGUUGAAUAAGAAAAUAAUUGACAAUUUAGGUACAAUCUAAACUUAUUUAUCAAAGACGGGUUUGAUCGCCACGCAGCGGACAGACUCCACUUGCACCACUAUCAAUUUUUUCUGCUGGUGCUCUUGUGAAGAGUGCUGAUCAAUCAUUUUAUUAUUUUUUUUAAAAAAAGACAAGCGUUGUUUGUCG